AUGGUUUUACCACUGAUAAUAGGCGUAGGCGUGACUCUCCUCGCAGUAUCUGCAAGGUCAGGUUUUAGAGCAUGGUCAGUAUACAAGACAUUAACACCAAUGAUGAUUGCAAGGUUGAAUAAUAUUAGGUUGGAUGACGAAUCAUCAUACCGACAUAAGUUCCAUAAUGAUUUACGUUUUGAUAGCAAUAGGCUUAAUAGUAAGAUGAAAUCGAAUUUAGAACAACAAAUUAUAGGUGGAUUUUUCUCUAGAAUGACAGAAGCGGAAGCAUUACUUAUAUUAGAUAUAUCAGCCAAUGAAAUUAAAAAUUUGAAUGCACAACUAGUGAAAAGUAAACAUCGGAACGCUAUACUUAGAAAUCAUCCUGAUAAAGGUGGGUCUCCAUUUAUUACUGCCAAGAUAAAUGAAGCCAGAGAAAUUAUAUUGAAAUCACCAUUGGUGAAGGGAUACUAA